AUGAUCCGACUCCUUCUUCUUUGCUAUUUCGUGCAAGCUUGGAGCUACGCUUUCACAGGGAAAAAUCCGAUUUCGACGAGAGCUGGCUCCGCUCUCGGCAAUGUUGCCAGACCAUCCUUGGCCCUAAAUUUGGAACUGGAUCAGCAGGUCUUGCAAGGGAUUGGGAUUGGCGUGGCCGGAUUGGCGGCCGGGGUCGGUCUCGUAGCCUUUACGGAAGCACAAGGUGAGCGUGCGAAGGAACGAGGAGGGGGUUUGUCCGAGGGUAUGAGCACUCGAAUUACUGGAGGACUUUUGGAAGAUGUUGAGGUGUCUUCGGUAGAAGAUCUAGGCUCAUUAACGAGCCAGCUAGAAAAAGCACUGAGAGAAUCAGGAGGAGCAAAAGAUGAAGUGUUCGAAAUGACAGAAGAGGAAAAGAAACGUAUCCAAGAUGAAGCCGACGAUGGAUGGUAA